AUGUCGAGCCAAGAUAGAAACUUGUCUAUGAGUUUUGACUUUUUUAAAAAACGGAGAAAGACGAGACAUUCCAGAUCUGGAUAUGGUUCAUCACCAUUAUCUCCUGCUUCUUUAUCGGAAUCCUUUUUAAGUGGAUCUCAGAAUGGUCGCGUAACUUCCUCCGUUACACGAAGGGGCACUUUUAGGGGUCUGCUUAGCGACUCCAGUACUCCCGCAUCGCAACACUCAUCGACGCACAGCUCUACACAGAAUGAUGAGUUUUCAGACUUUGUUCCGGACCUCCCGGAUGUCGAUGUAGACCUGUGCAAGCCCUUCAACUACAUUUCAUGGGCUCGCGACCAAAUGGUAUUUGGCAACGACAAGAUUGUAUCGAUGACGAACCUCGAGGAGUUGUUUCAAUCACAGUUAAAGGAACUGGAGAACACCAUUAAGAACAGCUACGGCGUUGAGAAGUCCGUUGCUUCUGUAAUAUACUCUAGGAUGAAGGAGUCCUACAGGUGCUACAGCUACCUUUUGGAGAACAGUUCUCAGUACUGCCACUUGUCAUCGGUUUAUUUGAAUUCGUAUGUGUUCUUGCGUCCUCUAAAUCUUACGAAUUUCUCGUUUGCCACCGGCGACAUCUCGAGCGUUUCUGAGGUCGACCGUCUCAUAAACAGCGUAAACGUUGAUGGCAGCAUAAUUUCUGGGCCCGUCUUUGUCCACGAGUCCCUCAUGAGUCACUUUGAGAAGAAGUGUGAAUAUUUGCCCUCGAAAUUGUGUUCUGGAUAUGAUUUUAAGAAUAUGUGCAUUGAGUUUGAUUAUUUACCAAACUUGAUAUCGAGGGUCAUUCAUGAAAGGGCAGUGAGGCAGCUUAUAAUCAUUAAGUCAAACGUGGACAUAUCGCUGAUCAAUCUGUUGUUGACAGAGGGGUACAACGUGUACAAUUUGAAAAGCGGUGAAAAAUGCUGGCUUCCCAUUUACAUUUGCGAUAAGCUAUCUCACGACGGACUCAUCAGUGCCGAACUGCCCAUUUACUUGACCAUGAACAAAAAGAUAUACAUUCCGAACUUGAGUGAUCGCAUUGAGAUAUACAACUACAUCUCGAAGAUAGCAGGGAUUGUUGAGGACAUACGCUACAGUCGCAUGAAGAAGAUCAGAGCCUUCCUGGAGAACUUGCCGAUAUCGGAGAAUAUAAUACAGCUCAACAACUUCCAGUUUUCUGAAACUUAUUUCAUAAAUCAGUUUUUGUGUGGAUACUGUUCCUUUUAUGACCGCAACAGGAAGCUGAGUGGCUUAUUCUGGGCUCAAACUGACGGUUUAAUUCGUGACUUGGAGAACAAUCUUUUGGAUUCCAUCACCAAGCCCAUUUUGUGA